AUGCCAACGGACGGGCCGGUUGGGUUUUUGUCGAACGGAGGCAACAAUACUCACUGGAAGGACGAGUGCCUUGGGGUGAAUGCCACGGUGUCUGGAGAAGCAACGAAGGUUGAUAACGGCUUUGAGCUGGCAGGGCGUGGCGCAUCGAUUGUGUGGCCGGUGGGCAGAGGACGGCGGAAUCCCGGGCAGGGUUCUGUGGGCGAAGAGUUGACUCUUGUGGCGACGGUGACCAUCAACAAAGCGCCACCGACCGCCACCCCACUGCUGGGCGUGGGGACAACGUUCACUGUGUUGUAUCUGGGGCUGUGGUACGACGAGCAGAAGCACUGGAGGACGAAGCUCAGAUCAGAAGCAGGAGCGGAUGCACAAACGAUGGCGUGGGAGGAGGGGAGGGCAUACCGAGUGGUGCUCACGGUGGAAAACGGCACGGGCUCGGCGUACGUCGACGGGCAGUUUGUGGGGACUUUGGAGGGGAACCCUCCAUUUACUGAUGUGCUUCCUCCGCAUCUGCCUCCCCCUGAGCGACCUCAGCGUGAGAGGCCGCCGGAGAGGGUCUCGCACAUCCUCGUUGGGGAAUACAGGUACGGCGAAGUAAACGCAGAGUUCCACGUGACGGUGAAGAACGUCUUGCUGUACAACCGCUGCUUCAACGCCAGUGAGGUUGCCGCGCUGGAGAGGAAAGAAGAGGAUGCGUCGGCGCCGGGCCUAAACAACGCCUCCGCCGCACUUGCAAAGGAGGCUGCGGGCAGAGUGCAGAGGGAGGCUGGGGGCGGCGACGGUUCUGCGCGCGGGCGUGUGUCUGCGGUGCUCUCGCUGCUUCUGCUUGGGGUGUGGGGCCUCUCCGCGCUGUGCUGA